AUGGCUUCCUCGUCCUCUCCCGCCCCUGAGCACGAUGCCCAACUCCUCGCUAUCGGGAAACAGUGCUCUCACCCCAGCUGUCUCCUCGUCGACUUCCUCCCAUUCAAGUGUCAACAUUGCCAGCUCUCCUUCUGUCAGGAGCACUUCAAGGUUGAUGGACACCAAUGCGACAAGUACGAUGAGAGCAAGCACAACAGGGUAGCGCCCAACUGUCCGCUGUGCAAUACUCCCGUCGCCGUUCGUCAAGGCCAAGAUCCCAAUGUCCGCAUGGACUAUCAUUUGGAGAAGGAGUGCUCCGUCGUCACUGGCAAAGUCAACUCCGGGUCGACACCUCGGUGCUCACGAGGAGCAUGCAACAAAGUCUUGUUCUCUCCCAUUCGAUGUGACCAAUGCCGACUCCAAUUCUGUGUGGCCCACCGAUUCCCCGGAGACCAUACUUGCAAUCCUGUGUCACCGGCGAGCCUUCGCCCCAAUAUCCCCAACCUUGCGAACUUGAACGCCAGCGCUAAAAACAUCAAUGCCAAGGCGUCUGCCGCUGGCUCUGCUGCACUUGGUGCGGUGAAGAAGUCAAUAGCCUCAGCUAGCAGCUCUUCGUCUAAGCCUCCAGCUGCAAAACCCCCGGUGGCCUCGUCCUCCAGUACGAAGCCGAUCAAGCCGGCCUUACCCUUCAGCAAGAUGGAUCGUCGGGCGAGGGCAGAGCGAGAAAGCAAGCUGAAAGCCAUGAGAGCACGCGCUCAGAAAGGGUUGUUGACUGAGGACGAGAAGGCUAUCCUUGCAGCGGAGGAAGCAGCUUCAAAAGACAACAAGGACUGUGUUAUCAUGUAA